AACUGCUCUAAGAGCAAACAACGUUGCCGUGAUUUACCAUUCAUAAACAAAAACAAGCCCUUGUUCUAUCAAUGGAAUGUAAUUGAUGCACCCAGUGCGCACUACUAUGAAAUCUUCAAAAGUCUACUCUCAGUGGUUUCGAAAACCCCUAUAUUUAGUUAUCUCUCUCGCACUCAUUAGUAAAAUCCAAUUUUUAUUUUCAAAUUGGACAACUGGCUCCACGUCAUAUAAAUUUUUGGUGGUGAGGUGGAAGAUUGCUGAAAAUAUUUGUCAGUUUUUCUGCAUAUUCUGCAACGAGUACUUUUUGUUAAAUAAAAUCUGACUCUACAGUCUACAUUAUUAUUGCUCUCUGUUGCUGCAAGUUCCAGUAAUUAUAAAGCAAAAAUGGAUCAAGUAGUGAAAUUUGUUGAACCUGGUCGUCAAUUCGCCAAAGAUUCCAUCAGAUUGGUGAAGAGGUGCACUAAACCAGACAGGAAAGAAUACCAGAAAAUCGCAAUUGCCACUGCUAUAGGAUUCUGCAUAAUGGGCUUCAUUGGAUUUUUCGUCAAGCUGAUCCAUAUCCCCAUUAAUAACAUCAUUGUCGGCUCAUAAGUUUUUUUGUUUCAUUAUGGUUCAUUUCAUUUUUUUUUUUGUACUCAUAAUAAGAUUAUUUAUUUUUUACAUAUAAUGCCUUAUGUAUUUGGAUGCAUCAUCCGAGUUUGUUAGUUUCUUGAUCAUGCAAUAAAUAAAAGGGUUGUUUUCAAGAAUUCUACUUUUUUUUUCUGUACCCAAAACAUACAGGAG